AAUUACAUUUGUGCCCAAAGGAGAUAAUAUUUUAGUCGAGCGUUGUCAUCCUGUCAUAUCGGUUAUAGUUGAGUUUGUUGCAGCUGGUACAGAAAAACAACGCUUUAUUAUUGCUUUAUUUUUAUCAUUAUUAAAGAGAUUGAAAUGAAUAUUAUUAAUAGAAGAAAUUAUAUUUUAUUUGGGGUUAAUUUCUAUAGGAAUUAUCACAAGAUGAGAGCCAACGAUGGUCGUCUAUGGGGUAAAUUUAAUAACGAUGAGUUUGAAGUGAGAAGUUUAACAAAAUCUGGUUUGGAAGAGGCUUUGGAGAUACUUGAUAAAUCGUUCUUUUUGAACGAGCCCAUUUGCAUCGCCUGUGAAAUCCAUCUGCCAGAAAAUGCGCAAGCGCGUUCCGAACUUCGUGAACUAUGUCGUGCAACGGCAGACGAUGGCGUAUCGUUGGUGGCCAACCAUGUGCAGAGUGGUAAAAUAGUGGGUGUUUUAUUCAAUAAAUUACAGUACAUUCCACCGAACGGCGAGGAUCCUUUCUUCAUACAAUUCCGGAAAGAGUGCACAAAAUCACCGCAAGCUCAAUGCCUUAUGGACUUUAUGAACCAUGUAGAUUCGGAGACCGAUGUAUUUAAGCUUUAUAAAAUUGACACACUCCUGGAGUUAAUGUUCGUUGCUACAUUACCAGAAUGGGGUCGUCGUGGUAUUGGAAGUCAAUUGAUACGCUAUGCCAUACAAUUAGCACGUGAGCUCUCCGAGGGGAUUGGCGUCGAUGAAAUUCAUCCGCAACUACGCGAUAAGCGUCCCAAAGCUGUAACUGCAAUUUUUACUUCCAUAUUCUCACAGAAAUUUGGUAAUUCGCAGAAUUUCAAAGUGAUCAACAGAGUGCCCUAUACAGACUAUGCUUAUAAUGGCAAAACUUUCGAUCAAUCAAUCAAUCCUUUGCACAAAACUUCAGAACAUUGUGCGAUGUUAUUGUAAAACAAAGAGGAAUACAAAUUAAGGAGUGAUUUGAUUCAGAUUUGAUACAGCUAAAGAGAAAUUGAUUUGAAUAUAUUUAUAAUUAACCAAAUAACUACGUAUAUGAUCGAAACGCUAUAGCCCAGCGGUUGUGCUCUAGGUGUUUGUGUAUUAAAUAUAGUAUUAAAUAUGUAUCGGCUUAUGUACGUUUGUAUAUGUAAUAUAAAUAAAUCAGCACAAGAAAGCAA